AUGAAGUCCUACGCUGUCCUCGCUGCCACCUUUGCUGGUGUUGCCCUGUCCCAGGACAUGCCCAUGCCCAGUGGCGACUGCGCCAACCUCUGCAUUAACAACAUGGCCCGCAUUGCCCAGACUGAGUUCUCCUGCGGCUCCGACGACAUUGGCUGCUUCUGCACUCAGUCCAACUGGGCUUACGGCAUCCGCGACUGCUCUCGCCAGGCUUGCGAUGCUGACCAGUCCGCCCAAGCCGUCUCGUGGGCUUACGCUCGCUGCGCUGGUGUCGCUGCCACUGCCUCUGGCUCUGGCGCUCCUGCUGCUCUUCCCAUCCUGACCUCCGCUGUUGCCAGCGCCACUGCUGUUGCCCCCGGAUCCAUGGUCACCUCGGUCAUUACAUCUGUCGUCUCCAGCGCCGCAUCUGGUGCCGAGAGCGUUACCUCUUCCAUCGGAUCUGCCGCAUCCUCCGCUCUUGCGUCUGGCGAGUCUGCCAUCAGCUCUGCCCUUGAGUCUGCCAGCUCUGCCCUCGCCUCUGCCAGCGCCAGCAUCUCCUCUGAGCUUGCCUCUGCCACCGACUCUGCUGGCAACGCCAUCUCUUCUGCCACUGACUCUGCUGGCUCCGCCAUCGCUUCCGCUACCGACUCUGCUGGCAGCGCCAUCUCCUCUGCUACCGACGCCGCUGGCAGCGCUGCUUCCUCUGCUGGUAGCGCCGCUUCCUCCGUCGCUGAGGGUUCCGCUCCCAUGGUCACUGGCAUUCCCUUCGCUGCUGGUGCCGGUAUUGCCGCCUGGCUCUUGCUCUAA